AUGCCUUGCGGAAACCAAGCCCCCGUCCCCGCCAGCGCCAUGCCGUGGAUCGUGGGUGGCCACAGCCCGACCACAGCUCACUUCUAUAUCUCGACCGACGAUUUCCGGCGGCUACCACCGGAGGAGCGCGUCCUCUUUCUACUGCACGCGCUGGACCUCCUCGAGUGGCAGCUAAACGCUUUCUACGACGACAUAGCGCGCGCCAACUGGAUCCGACGAGCGAGACACAUCCACGAUUUUUUGGAUCAGCAGGAUAUCGCGUUUGCGCUUUUCAAGCUACCGUUUGCAAACGCGGAUAGGGGGGGUGCCGAGGAUCGCGAAGAUGGGGAUUGGGAGGAUGGGGAUCAAGAGGGGGAGGAUCCGAGCUGUUGUGCUUUGUUGUUGAUAAUUGAUCCGGGCUACCGAGUGCACACGUGUAUCGAGUUGGAAAUCGUCCAAUCUGAAGAUCGGAGGCUAGAGCUGGAGGACUUUCAAAAGCCUGAAGCGGCAUCGGUCUUCAAAAGUGUGAGUCUGCAAGAGCCCAUUCACACUGAGGAUGUGGCUGGCGCCGUAGGAAAACACCCGGCCUCAACUACCUCCUCCUUCUCCUCUUUCACCCACCAACUCAACCAUCCUUCCUCCAUCCACUUCACCAACCACUUCCCUUCCGAUAUCAACUUCACCAACCAAUUCCCUCUCGAUUCGAAUCGUCGCAUCAACAUCCAUCCAACUACAAUCUACAAGAUGACCUCCAUGAACCCACUUCUCUCUUCCGGCCGCACCUCCUGCGAACCCGAGUUUACCUCGCCCAGUCCGGAUCACACCAACAACACCGCCGCCGCCGAGUACAUUCGCUCAACCGCAGACAUCAAGAACCUCUACGCCGUCAUCGUCCGCAACACUAUCGUCGCUGCCGCCGCCUACCGCGCCCGCGCCAUCCUCAACGCCUAUUCACCAGCCACGCCCAAGCGCGCUCACGCCGAACCGGUCUCCGACGCCGCCAUCACCGCCCGGUACUAUUCCGCCGUCACCAGCGUCAACAACGCCAACGCCAUCGUCGCCGCCAACGACGCUAUUGCGGCCGCCUACUAUGUCCCCGCCCCACCCGGCUUCGUUAAUAAGCGCAUCCCCCCCGGCUUCAGCCUCGAGCCUAGCGGAAUCAUGAAGCUCAAGCUGGCGUACAAUAGAUGUCUGCUGGUCUUGGGUUUCAUAUUGUCGUUCUGUAACAACAUCCUCUCGCACAAAAACAACAAUAAGCAACACUCACACUUCGAUCACCUCAACAAUACAACAAACAUCCUGUCGGACGAAAAGACCGCCACCGCCAUCCUGGCCGCCAACCGCGCCGCGGCCGCCAUCUACCACGUCCGCGCUCUGCCCGGCUUCGUUAAUAAGCCCAUCCCGCCGGGCAUCAGCUACGACAAGGAGGCCAUGGAGUACGUCCUGGCCUACAACAGGUGGCAACUGGGUCUGGACCCACUGCCACCUGUUGUGGCCAAGUAG